AUGGUAUCAGCCUUGAACAACGCCAACGAUCUGAUGGUUCAAGCUGCAGCGGUCGGUGUAGACGGUCUAGAAGGAUUCGACGGCGGGACAAGCCUGUCAAGUGACGGCUGGUUGCAAAACCAGAGUAAGCUUGAGCAACUCCACGAGCUUCGUGUGAUGGCCUUGGGCAAUGCGAAGAUCAUUUACGGCUCCGAGAAGUUCAAGUUCUACGAUGUGCUGGUAGCCUACAGCGAGCCAGACGCCAAGUUUGCUGCCAUUCUGGUGUGCAGCUUUAACGAAGCCGCCAAGAUUCUGCGCAAAGAGGUUGCUGGAUGUCCGCUCGCAGCGACACGUGCCAUUGUCUAUGGCCUGCAGGUUGACACUGGUCUUCUUCUGAGCAAGUACGACGUGGGCGACCAGCUAUUCGGCCAACAGGGUGGCACUCCGCGAGAAGGCAUCUUCGAUCUCUACGAGUGGAAACGCGCAGUCAGCGACCCAGCACAAGACCAGGACGAUACAUCAAGUCUUCUCCGUGGCAACUUCCCAGCACCUGCAGGCCCUCGAAAUGAGAGGUACCCGCCUAAGCGUAUGCGCCGGGACACUGACAUGGGGGGUUUCCGGGAUCGAGAUUUCGACUCACGUGGAUCAGAGGGCAGGCUCAGGUACGAUGAGUAG